AUGAACAGAACCAUGUCGGUUGUCACCAUCGCUGUCGUUCGUUGUCUCAUGUCUGUGUAUAAGCAGUCGAGAUUGUCUGUGCAUGUAUAUGUGCUUAUGUUCGAUAGACAUUUCUCUGUGGUAGCUGCAGGAAGAGACUUAUCCGGGAAGGCUUCAAUGCCGUCACCAUAUUAUUAUUGCAGCACUCAUUCAGAUAACUAA